UCGCCAAAACUACUAAGAGCACACCAAUUAUUAACCACCAUUAUUAUUCUUAUUUUUUGGAAACAUACAUUUAUUUAUUUUCUUUUAGAACCUCAGAUAUUAAGGAUAGAAACCACUACUGCCCCUAAACCGAGCCAACCUGAGGUCGUUUUAAGUGAUGUUGACUCCCCCGUAGAUCAGUUCCUAAGAAACGAAAGAGCUUCGGAAAACAGUUACAAAAGAGAGAACACCGUAAACGGGGAUCAAUCAGACGCUCAUAUGAGCACUUUGUCGCAAAGUAGUAAAGAGGACCGUUCGAUUUCCGAGGGUUCUCCCAAAAAGGACAAGAAGAAGAAGAAGGGCUUGAGGACCCCCUCGUUCCUUAAGAAGAAAAAGGAGAAGAAAUCACGUGAAGCAUAAGGUACUGCCAGGACGCCAUAACAUAAUUCUAAAAAACUUUAAUUAAACAAAAACCGCCUCCUCCUCCUCCUCCUCCAUCGAGACUGCCAGCGACAUAAUAUUUCGUUUUAAUUUUCACUAGUAAGUAGUACUAGGCAGCAGCUAGCAUUCUAUGCACUGCUAUGGUCUAAUAAUUUCGAUUAAAAAAAAUAAACUUUAUUAUUAUUAUUAUUAUUGUAUGUGUAGCUUUAAUUGUACAGGAUUCCAGAGUUAUUGAUUUUUAAAGUCGGAUGUUAUGGAUUUUUAGCAAAAUAAACAAUUUGAAUUCGGUUAUAUUGUACUCAGCCUAAUGGGUAAAGUUAAUAUUAAAGGUGAUGUAAUUAUGUAUCACUGCGGUCCAAUGCCUUGGUAAGUAAUCAUUCCAAAUUUAUUAGUUUUAAAUGCAAUCAGUAAUUUGAGUACAUACGUUUACAUCACUGACAAAUUUGAGUUGUUUAUUCUGUGCAAUAUAUUUAUUAUUAAGUAAAUCGGUCUCUAUUUUUGGAUGAUUUCCGUAUAAGUAAACCUACUCAGCCUUUUAUUUUCGAUAUUAUUCCUAUAAUGCUUUCACCAAAAAUAGAAACAAAUUAAUUAUUAUUAUUAUUAUUGUAAUAAAAGUUUUUAUGCUUGAUUAUAUUGUAUGAGUAUAAGUAACGCUUUGGAACAAACCGUAUUGUUUUUUUUUAAUAUAAAAAAUUAAAAUAUUGCCAUAUUUUUUUAAAAAUAAUGUCAUCAUAUACGACUGUCAUGCGCAUUGGUGAGGGAUUUAACACUUUAUCGUUUGUUUCUUUUUUCUAUUGUAUUUAAUGUUUUUUGCACAAAAAUUACUCGUUUUAUAUGUAUACAUAAAUAUUUUUGUUUUCUUAGUAAUUAAGAAUAAAAACAGCUUUUUCUUGAUCA